GUGUGUGUGUGUGUGUGUGUGUGUGUGUGUGUGUGUGUGUGCGAGGGAGAGAGAGUUAGAGCGGCUCCCUGCUGACAAUUAGCACAAUUAGCGUUGGGAUUCAGACCUUGUGAGCUUUUAGCCGCUGCUCAGGUGGAAAGAUCACAUUAGGUAAUCGGCCAUGAUAAUCACCUGGGAUCCCGAGUGUGUUCAGUAGGAUGGAUGGUGGGCGGAGGCUGAGUCUCCAACCAAACGUGAAAGCAGAAAAACAAAAGGCCAGCAUCUCUUCACACCAGGCCAACCUUAGUUUCUUCCUGCUGUGUGUUUGAACUUGUGUGUGUGUAAUAGAGUGGAGGGUUAGCUGAGUGACGGGUGAGUCUGUAACCAAAUGAGAAACUUUCCUCACUGCAGGCAGACUCUUUCUUCCUUUCCUCCCGGUGUGCUUUUCUUUUAUUCUUUGAGUGUGUAUGUGUGAUUGUGUAUCGAUGGAGAACGGCAUUUUAAUGAGCUUUUAUCAAAAUCUCUUGGUGCAUCCAGAACUUCAGUAAUGAGGUGCAGAUGGUGUUUUUGGGGUUGAGCAGCAGCUCUGCUGUCGGUUCAGGCGGCUCAUUACGGAGAAUCAGACGGGAGCCUCAGUAAACACUGGGAACACUGGGAACCAGUAAUCUCAUGUUGACCCGAUUAAGGUGAUACCGCCAACUACUGCCAGGACUACGACGAGAAAGGGGCUGUCACAUUAACCACUGCUGUGAGCAACGGGACUUUGUCCCCUCCCACAAAAACGGACAAGACGCCAUCAAUGAACUCACACAAUGAACCUGAUAUUGAUAUAAAUCACAUUAUGGCAGAUGGGUGCUAAAUUACAUAUCAAACAAUCCAAAUGAGGUUUAGUGCAACAAAAACGUUAUUGUGAUCUCAGAGCCAGGGAUAAACAUCUUCACAUAACUUGUUUUGUCCAACAGAUUAAUAUCUAACAAUAUUCCGACUCAUCAUUCAUCGGCUCUAAAUGAAUGAUUUAAUAAAUCUGUGAAUGAAUAAAUGAUUUAUUGACUGAGUACAUAGAUAAACCAAUCAGCUGACUUGUUUUGUACCAUAUGAAAUGACAGUGAGUUAAUAAAUAGAGAGACUAAAGUGAAUGAAUGAGUCAGUGACGGAGUAAACGUCUUGUCUGCAGGCUGUGUGGUUACCCUCCAUUCUAUGACGAGAACGACUCCAAGCUGUUCGAACAGAUCCUGAAAGCCGACUACGAGUUUGACGCGCCAUACUGGGACGACAUAUCGGACUCAGCCAAGGAUUUCAUCGGCAGUCUGAUGGAAAAAGAUCCAGCCAAGCGUUUCACCUGUGAUCAGGCACUCAGACACCCCUGGAUCGCCGGUGAUACAGCACUCUGCAAGAACAUCCACGAGUCAGUCAGCCGACAGAUCAAAAAGAACUUCGCCAAGAGCAAGUGGAGGCAAGCGUUCAAUGCCACCGCCGUGGUUCGCCACAUGAGGCGGCUGCAGCUUGGCAGCAGCAUGGGGAGCAGCAUGGACGCCUCCAACCCGCCGACCAGGCCCAGCGAGACGCAGAGGCCGGCCCAGAGCCAGGAGGGCCAGAUCCAGCCAGCCGAGAGCCAAAUCACCGGCCAGACGGCGCUGAGCCAGAGCACCAGUGCGAACGCCAGCAAAACCUCCUCGACAGACAACAACUUAGCAGCUCCCCACAAGGAAUGUGUAACUGCAUCGGUCACACCCUGCAGUCUGGCGGCCGCGGCCUCUUCUCCCGCCGCGGGGGCAGAGCUGAACCGGCCGCAUCCGUCGGCGGUUCCCGCCCCGGUACUCACAGAGACCAAGUGACGCCAGGUCCCGCGGAGAACCAGCUGGGAGGCCACGGCACUGUGAGGCAGUGAGACGGGAAAGAAGCGGAGGAAGACAGGAGAGGAAGAGGAUCAACCCCCCCCCCCCCACACACACACACACACACACACACACACACACACACACACACACCUCCAUCUCUUCUUCUUCGUUUCUCCCUCUCCUCACUGCGUUUCCACUUGGAUGUGCCGGCCCAGCAAGUUCCCCGCCCUGCUCCCGUGAGAGCAGAGGACUUUACCUCCACCCCACCGACUCAAGCCACACAGCGCCAUACUGGUGCCGUGUAGGAUUCCUCUGGCCACAGCAACAGCCCGACUACGGACUCUCACCGAGUAUGCUUGUGUGGCCGACUGCGAUUGGCUGCUUAGAUGAUGAAUGGGCAGUAAUUGGUGGUUGACGGUGGGGCCGGUGGUAUCAUAUUAUUCAGUGUCGGUCAACAUCAACUUCCCUCUCGAAUCUGGUCUUUCCUGCGCCACUUUAUUUAGCUUUUUUUUCCAAAUUAGUUUUGACUGUUGACAACUGGAUUGUUUUAUUUUGUAUUAUUACUGUUAAUGUUAAAGGUGGUAUGUGUAACUUUGAAAAAUCAAAUGCAUCAUUGUCAAUUUGAUAUUGCUACUUUGGUAUGAUUACUGUAAAUAAACGAGGUCUUCUUAGCAAUCCUUUCUUUACACUAAUCUCACCAAUGUAGCAAACCAAUGUGACAAUUCAUGUUGCCCAUGUUAAAAUGCUACAUGUAGCACCUUUAAUGGGCUCGUCUGUCUAUUUGUUUGUGCUUUAAGAAGUGCUUUAAAAGUACCAUACGACUGUUGGAAGACGUGGAAACAUGAGUAAGCGCUUUGUGUAUUUUUGCACAGAGAGUCAGAUAUGUUCUCAGACACAGAUUAGCCGCCAUCCACUUAAGUUAAUCAGAGAGUAGAGAUUGUAAAACUUUAUAGAAAAUGAUAAUAAUAAUAAUAAUAACCCAGAGUGGAUGUCAGAGCAUUGUGCGACUUUAUUGUCUGAAAGAUUCUGAUCUGUUUAUUAUUUUCUAUAAGACUUUUUUUAUAACAAUCACCCUUUAAGGGACACACAUACCAGGAAGCAUGCAGCAGGUGUAGGAUAGUUUAGGAUAGAGGUAUUUACUGGGGGGGGAAAAAAAAACUGCCUCCAGUUGAGAAUGUUGGCUACACGUUAGAUGCCAUUCAAACCAACGAGCAGUGCUGUGCAGUUUCAGAGCGGCUAACGAAUCCAAGAUGGUGAAGCUGUCGCCUGCCGCCGUUCCUCUAACCCCCCCGCCCCCAAAGAAGCCAUGACCUCACCCUUAUUGCAUUGUCAAGCUGUACCCAGUUCAGAAGUGCUCAGGGAAAACUGCAGCUGCACUGUGAGCUGGAGAAUACUGAUUUCCCGGUUUAGGUUGUUCCGUCUGUGUUCUUUGUUUUGAUCCAGGUAUUGUGGCAACACAGUUAAUGGUACAGCGCCAUGUCCUUAUUGCAAUGGUGUAGUGACGCGUGACUUGGAGACUCAGACAUGGGCUCCGACUGUUCCACAGAGGACUUUUGAGGACGCAAUCCGCAACCGCGGAACAGCUGGGCUCUGUGCUUGACAGAAUUGGACUGACAACAAUACCUUGGAUAGGUUAGGUCUUGCCGUAUCCGAUGAUCCCCCGCCUUUAUCACCCCGCAGCAGACUGCUAUCGUGACCAAAAUCUGAGUAUCUUGGUUUUCACGAUCGAGUGAAAUGGUCCCAACACACGUGAGCAGCAAAGCCAAAAUAUUUGUGCUUAAAACAAAAAAAAGGCUCCCACGGUCCACUACCAGCGCCCAGUUUUAACGCAGAGUUCUGAAAAAUCCAACGCGUCCGUGACAACGGCUCAUUCUUUGUCGAUUUCAAAACGGGAUACUGAGCCUGGAGUCCCGGUUUUAUUUGCUAAUCUAAUCUUGAUUUGACGGACUGACUUUGUUUUCAUUCGUCCUUGAUGACUCUUGACGUAACUUCGGUAGCUUUGGAUCGUGUCACCAGUUCUUGCGAUGUCCUUCCAGACGUAACUCAGAGAGCAGAACUCUACAGUGUGGGGUGCUCACUCACACAUAUCAGAUUGUCACGAUGCAAUUCUUCCGAUCCCUUUAUUGUGAAUUGUAGCCAAAGACCGGCGCUGGGUACGAAGACAAUUUGGUUCAUUCUACUCGAUGAAUUAGUUACAACAGAACUAGUCGGAUGUGAAGCCGUUUGAGACACAAGUGGACUAAAAACUAAGGGCUGAACUCCAGCUGCAAAUUCAUCUGGAGGGAAAUUUAUUCCUCAUUUGAUCCCUUCCUAAUCUUUUGCCAUUUGCCUUCUUUUUAUUAUCUACACGGAGUGCUGCUGAAAAGUAUCAACAUAUUAUUCAUAUAGCUUGUUUUGAUCCGUACGGCAUGUCAGGGAGGGUGAGACCACAGCUGGAUGAAAGUCAAAUUACGGCAAAGAUGAACACUCGCCCAAGCGUUCUGGAAUUCCCCUUUGGCAUGCUGUGCGUAUUAAGUUGCACCUAUUUGGCACUGACGUUGACAAAAACCAAACCAACAAGACAUUUGUGAACGCUAUCCGGUCUAAAAGCUGUCUCUCCGUCCUCGCUAUGUUCUCUGUUCUUUGACAGCGGCACCUUCUUCCUUCGUAAGCUCUGCAAGGACAAUGGUGUCCUGGACAGUGUGUUUGUUCCGCCCUCAAUGCACAACAACUUUCUUACCCCAUCUGCAGCUUUCAGCCCCCAAGCCCAUCGGCUCCUACUGAGGACGUAAAUCUUACAAAAUACAUAGUUGACUAGAGACGGAACCCAAUGUCACGGAAAUCUGCUGUUCUUGUUCAACAAUUUUGGUAGACUUAGUUGUGUAAGAAAAGGCCUGUUAGCCUGAUUUAUUUAGUUGUUUUAUAUGUGCAGUCAUAGAGAAAGAUAACUCUUUAGUGUUUUUACUGAUUUACAUCACCCACAUGCAGCGUCUCCUACUGUAUGACACCGUUCCUCUCAGAAAUAUAUAUUAAUUAUGACGUUUUUACAGCGGGGUCUUGCGUUUUUCUCUACUAAGUCAAUCCAUGUAGUCAUCCACGUGUUACUGAGGGGAACUUUCAACCAUGUAAGGGCUUUAUUCCUUAAUCUGAUUAUUCACUGUAACCAUGUAUACAUCCCCAUUGAUUGCUAUGCAUUUUUUAAAACAUGUUUAAGUGUCGUCAAUGCUUUUACUUGGAAGUGGGAUCAGGGAACACCCACAGUUCAAAAAAAGGUUUGGGGAAUGAAAAAGUGCAAGACACCAACUCCCCCCCACCAGAUCUUACACUAUUUCAACUUAACAUUGAAUUAUCAUUAUUAUUGCACGAGCUACAUCAUAAAAGCGGCGUACCAGCUUUUGUCUCCGGCACAAAAGAUGUCAACGAGUCGUCAGCCGACACUAAGAAUCAUUAAUUGUGAUGUUGUCCGCUUCAGGAUGGACAUUUGGGUUUAUGAAUGUAUUGUGAGGCAGGCAGAAGGGUUCAGGUUCAUGCUGCUCUGUGGUUUUAUGUCUGCUGUUCAAAAGACAAAAACAAAAAAAAAGUUUUCUGAAUGAACCUUUUCAUUUUCAAGAUGCAACUGUAAAUAAAGUGGGUACGGAAAGCA